GGGAGUCGCGCGCGGCAGCUGCAACUUCAGGACCACCGGCUGUCCGGAGCCUCCAGUCCGCUGGAUGUCUGGCCGGUAGAUGACUUGUUCACGGAGGCUGGAGGGGAAAGCACUGGACCAGGGACACGAACCAUGGUCUGGCGAGUGUGGUCAAAACUCUGCUGUGGUCAGAAAUGGAUCCUCCUCCUUUCCCCCCUGUUCCUACUCUUCCUCACGAUAUCCGUGAUGACAAUCACUCUUCCCCUGCCUCUGCCGCCCACUGACAUUGACCGGCAUUCAUCCCGAGCUCUUAGCUCCGCAGGAAAGUUCAGAUCCAGGCCCAGGAUUGUGGAGCCCCCUCCAGUCGCUGCCUUCCAGCAGCCACUCAGUCACAUCCACAGCGGUGCCUGGAGAACCAGCACUGGAAAAGAGACGUUUAAACAUUCAGUGCCAUCUAAACCUUUCGGGGAUGCUGCUGGCAAUGACAAAAACAGCAUCAAGGAGAGUAGUCAAACUGACAAACACAGAAAUAAACUGAAAAGCAAACGCAUCACUUCCAAAAGAAAAGACGCCAUCCAGCCAACCAGAAAUCACCAUCCCAAUCUCCCAGAGUUUACAGUCAACAGCCCAGAGCCAAAGCAUAGAAUUAAGCCGAGCAACCACAGUGCUGUGGUAAAGCACACUGCACAGACUUACAUUUAUCUAGAAAGAAGUAAAUCCACAGCAGCACGUAUCCCUGCUCCAGCACAUACCGUAAUAACUGACAGAAGAGCUGCAGGCAGACAUCCAGGAAGAGGGGACAGUAGACAAACAUAUGUGAAUGCAUACAACAUACAUGGCAGCCGUACAAGUACAAAGCCAGCAGGACAUGACCAGGAAAAACACAGAGAAGCAAUGAAACACUCUGCUGCUCCUUAUCUGCUUGAUCAGAUUUACCAGGCUGUGAAAAAGCCCCCCAGAGAGCUCAAAAAACACCAUAAUCUCCUAGAGGAUCCAUCUGAAGCCAAGAAGAAUCCUGGGUCAUUGGACCAUAGAAGGGCCGUGUCCAAACCCAAAGAAGCUCAAGAGAAAGAUGACAGCGGCUGGUGCCAGAGCUUUAGAGAGCAGGACUUUCCAGACAAUGACCACAGGAGAAUCAGGAUUAGCACAGAUCUGCAGCCUCUCACCUGGCUCAGCAAGGAUGACAUCCAGAAGAUGGAGCUCCUGGCUGGGGGGGAGGUGGUCAGCAAGGCCAGGGUGCCUGCACACGGACAGGUGCUCCAAGUGGUGCUGGAUCCUCCUGCACACCAGCAGCAGCCAUCACUGGUGAGAGAUUUACAUGAGCCUGGUGCUGGACACAGCCAUGCAACCAGCCACAGUGAACGCUGCCAACAGGGGCACUGCUCCCUCAUCAAACGCACAGAUGACUGGUUCGAGGUGUUUGCCUUCCACCUGGACAGAGUGCUGGGACUCAACAAAAGUCUCCCUGCAGUUCUGCGGACUUUCCACAGUGACGUUCUGCCUUACCGGUACACCAGUGGCACCCCUAGACCUGCAGUGUGGUGGGACCCAGAUAUCCAGCACCUCACUGAAAGAGACAAUGACCAGAACUCAGUAUCGCUGAGCUGGGUCCAGUACCAGAAACUGCUGCAGGCCCGCUGUGGGAGCAAAACAGACCAGAGGUCAGCACCCUGCGUCGGAGUCCAGCACUCAGAGUGGGGGAGACUGGCUCUUUUUGACUUCUUAUUACAGAUAAACGACCGUCUUGACAGGUACUGCUGUGGUUUCACACCUGAUCCGACAGAACUCUGUGUGGAGAACCUGCUGCGAGCCAAAUGCGGCCACACCAAGGACCUAAUGCUGGUUCACAUCCUGGUGAGGAAGGCAGAUCCCUCCAGACUGGUGUUCAUUGACAAUGCUGGCAGACCGCAGCAGUCCAGUGACAACCUCAACUUCAGGCUGGUUGAGGGCAUUGAUGAGUUUCCAGAGAAAGCCGUGUCAGUGCUUCACUCAGGCUGUCUGGAAAAUCUUCUUCUACGCUCCCUUUACACUGACAGGGAGUUCUGGGACAGCCUUGGCGGGGCCAGCGGUCUCAGGCCGCUCAUCCAUGUGGUGCAGCAGAGAGGGAGCAUUCUCCUCCAGCACAUCAGAGACAAAAAACUCAGACUCAAGAGGGACCUGUGACAGAACUGGAAAGGCCAAGCUGGAGUAGAAAAUAAGCUGCAGGUUGGAAAGCUGAAGAUGACAUUUGCUCAGUGUGAUCAAAAAGACACUCUGAAGGAACAGUAGCCGUCAGAAAUUAAAUUCAAAAGUUAAUUCAAAAGCUCGUCACGUCAAGAUGGAAUCACAAAAGUUUUCCAAUUAUGCAUUCAAAACUAGUGGCAAAGUCAUUUACAAG